UUUACCUCCUGGAGCACAGCACAACUCACGGUCUGAAGGCUGGGACAACAGCACCAUGGGAGGUGUCUACUCCAGUGAAAAGAUGGCAGGCGUUUUUGCCUAUGAGAGUUCAGAGAUCGACUGGUGUGAAGACAACUACAAACACUCUGAACAUGUAGUGGAGUACUUCAACACGAUGAGCAGCUUUUUUUUCUUCAUCAUAUCUCCCAUCAUGCUCUACCUUCUGCACCCUUACGCUAAGGAAAGAAACAUGGCGAUUCACAUGGUCUGGAGCUUGAUGCUAUUCGUUGGACUCUUCUCUGCAUACUUCCACAUGACACUUAGUUUCUUUGGCCAGAUGUUGGAUGAGCUGUCCAUCCUGUGGGUGUUGGCGGUGGGAUACGCUCUCUGGUUCCCCCGCAGACUCUACCCUUCUUUUAUUAAGGACAGGUCCACCUUUUCAAGCCUCGUCCUGUUGGUCACCGUCAUCUCCACGUUGUCAUCAUUUUUCAAACCUACCGCCAACGCCUACGUUUUAAACUGCUUAGGCCUCCAUUUGGUUUACGUUGUGGUUCUCGAGAUGAGAAGCUGCACCGACCUGAAGGCUGUGCGAUUGGCCAAGCUGUCGGUGGCUCUGUGGCUGCUCGCCAUCUCCUGCUGGGUCAGUGACCGCUUUGGCUGUAGCUUCUGGCAGAGGCUGAACUUCUGCUACCUGCACGGCAUCUGGCAUAUUCUGAUUGUGAUAGCCGUGGCCUACGCCAGCACGUUGAUUGCUUACCUGGAUGCAUACUAUGAGAUACCGUACUCUCUGCCCGGACUGCAGUACUGGCCAUGUGAUAGAUGGGCUGUUGGAUUACCUCACAUUGUCUUGAGGGGCACAACCAAAACACAGAAACGCUGCUAACACGCUUAAGUUAGAGUAAAUUGUGACGUUGGCUGAACAUUUAAAUUAGAACACUUCAUUAUUACAAGUGUAUAUGAAUGGGAAGCCGUUAAAAUGAUCUAGAUCUUUAUUUAGAACGUCUAACCUUUACAGCACAGAUUAACUCUAGACCACAAUUUUUGUGAUCUAAAUCACAAAAUGUAAGGCAAGAAAGUAAGGCAUGUAAGGCAACAGAAUUGGAGGGCAGCUGGUGUUUAGAGUUACAUUUCUGUGUGCAUAAUGAGACUUGUAUUCUUUAGACAUUUUAACACAAUGUCUUUCAAACAAUAAGAACCUGCAAAAUGAAUGGUUUCAUAAAGUGUCUAUCGGCGUCCUGAAUGUAUUUCUUAAGAGUGUUUGACGGUUAAGUGUGUGAAUGUUUGAUCAUUUAAAUCAACUGCUGUUAUUUAUUUUCAAGCCAUGAAUGCAAAUAAAAUGCAUCGCCGAAUAUAUUAAUGUACUAUUGUUUUUCUGAGAAACCCUG